UUCCGUCCUUCUAAGCCUCUUGUCCCUCCGGACGACCUGUAGCGCUCGCUCCGCCGGCUUUCGCAGUCGCGCGGCGGCGGCAUGGAGGGAGCCGGGGCCUCCUCGGAGGGCCUGCGCUACGCCGAGUACGCGAGGGCCCCUACGGGCGCCGGCAGGGGCCAAGCCGAGCUGGACCGCGGGCUGGCCAGAACUAUGAUAGCAGUUGGACUUGGUAUUGCAACUGUUGCAUUUGCAGGCCGUUAUGCAUUCCACCUCUGGAAACCAUUGGAGCAAACCAUCACAGAGACAGCAAAGAGGAUUUCAACUUCUAGUCUUUCAUCCUACUAUAAAGGAGGAUUUGAACAGAAAAUGAGUAGGCGAGAAGCUAGUCUUAUUUUAGGUGUAAGUCCAUCUGCUGGCAAGACCAAAAUCAGAACAGCCCACAGAAAAAUCAUGAUUUUGAAUCAUCCUGAUAAAGGUGGAUCACCUUAUUUAGCAACAAAAAUAAAUGAAGCAAAAGACCUGUUAGAAUCUAGUGCCAAAAAUUGAAAUGUUAGGCCUUGGAUCAUAAGAAUGGCUUAAAAAAAAAAAAAAAAAAAAGGAAAAAAAAAAGAGAAGAGAAACAGCUUUUUACACAUCUUACUGUGGAAGAUCGAGUGGAUGCAACAGCUCUCAUAUCUGCUUGUUCUGCAUAGCUGCUGAAAACUGCAGGGACUGUUUUUAUUUAUUGUCAUAAUUAAAGAUUAAAACAACUUAAAAGCCAAUUGAAAUAUUUCUAGUGUGAUGUGUCAGUUUUAGUGUAUCUGUACUAAAUUGCAUGUGUGUGUAUAUGGUUUUAUUUUUUUUAAAGCAGUGGAUUCUUUCAUGUAACUUCUGGAAUACUUAAAAACCGAAAUAGUAAUAGUCUUAUUUAUAGGCUUUUCAUUCACUGAUGAAGACUCCAGCAGUGUCAGAAAAUCAGUGAGUUGAAAGUAUGGCAGAACCAUAAGGGGAAACUUCAGCAUCAGCUACAUUGGAAUGUUCAUUUGUGAAAUAGUGGGGUUUGUUCAUGAUGUGGUUGUGGAGGUGCAAUGUGGAACAAAAAAGGGCUAGUGAGACUACAGGCUUCUGUUUCCUGAAGCUCUGCAAAUGGAACUGAGUGGUAUAAAGGAAGAAUUUUCUUUUUUCCUCCUAGAUCUUUGAAAUUGUCAAGUAAUUAUGUGGAAUGUUUUUUUAUUUUCCUUGAAGUCACUCUGUAGAAGUCAGGAUGAUACAGGGGUUUUCAUGCCUGUAGAAAUGAAGAAGGUAGGUCCACAUGGCAUGGAGUCAGAUGAAUAUAUUUUGUAGGACGUUGAUGUCGAGAUUGUUCUAGUCAUGUCAGACUGAAAUAAGCUUGAUACAGCAGGGAGCAAACAUGGCUGGACCCCUACUGAUAUUUGCCUUGGUUAUUAUUCUCUCUAGAUUUACUUAUCCUUUCUCUGCCCCGUUUCCCAAAGCAUCAUACCUGCCUGCUCGUGUAGCAACCUGGUUUUGGCUUCUGGGAAUCAUGAGGUCUUGCAUCCCUAGCAGUUGUGUCUCGAUGCCAUUCGAAGCACUAACUACUGCAAAUUCCAACCAGGAAUCUGGUUACAGAUGAGUUAACUCAGAGGAUGAUGAGUCUAGUGUAUUCUGGGUAAGAUAAGAAAACUUUCUGGUAUUCAGUCAAAAUAAUGACAUUUUAGGUACAACGAGUCUUUAAAGAGCUGUUAGUAGAAAACUUAAAUUGCUUACUUUCUAGGCUAUUUAGC